GUGAUCUUCUGGAGGAUCUGGAGCGGAGUCCUCACGCCGCCGCCAUCGCAGAGUGUUUCGUGGAAAGGAGUGAAGCGUUUGACAUCUACACACUCUACUGCAUGAACUACCCAAAUUCGGUGGCGGUGCUCAGAGAAUGCAUGAAGAACGAGAGUCUGGUUCGAUUCUUCCAGGAGAGACAGACGACUCUGAACCAUUCGUUACCUCUGGAGACGUACCUGCUCAAACCAGUGCAGAGGAUCCUCAAGUACCACCUGUUACUGCAGGUAAGACUGCAAAUACUACCAGAUACUGCAUGUAGGACCUCAGAUAGCGACUUCUCCUACAGGUACCACCUCAAAAACCAUCAAAUACUGCAUUGCUGCAACCUGCUGCUGGUGGAGACGCUGAAGGAUCCGCUGUGCUUCCGGGUUUCCGACCAGACGAUCCCCAAACAGCAGCACGUCGUGCAGACCAAGAACCAGGAGGAGAAGCGGCUCUGGGUCCAUUACCUGAAGAGGCUCAUUGUAGAAAACCACCCGGCGUCGCUGCCUCAGAAGGCGAGGCAGGUUCUGGGAGACAACUUCUGCCAGACUCCUCAGUUCGACCACGAACACCUGAAGAAGUCGAGCGCUUCGCCGAGACUGGACGACAUCCACGGAUUCCACCGAGGAAGACGUCAGUCAGAACCUCCAGAGCUGCUGAUGUUCACACCUGAGAAGUCCAGGAAGAGUUUACCGCUGCUGCUGGAGGGAAACCUGCCGUACCGACGGUCCAGGAGGCAGUCAGCUCCGGCUAAAGACAUCGAAGCAGCGUUUCAUCCCAACGCUCUGAAGCCGGCCGGCAGUGAAGGCGAGUUGUGUCACGCCGACAGCCUGGGCUCAGCCGGCAGCAGCAGCACUCUGGCUUCAUCCGUCAUCGAGGUGGAAACCGAACGGGACGAACCGACGCCACAACUCAGGACCAACCGAGAGGAAGAGGAGGAGGAGGAGCUGACCCCCCUCAGCCCUCCUCCCACUCUGUCCAUCACGGAGGAGAUCCUGGAGUUCAUCAACCAGAGCAGAGCCAGAGAAGGUCUCAGCGCCAUCCACAGCGACACCUCGGAUCAGCCCAAAGAGAGUCUGUCUCCAUCUACCCAGACCAACUUUACCUGCCCACUGCCCCCAGUUACCUGCCCCUCCAGCCCAGAACAAACUCCCACAAUGCAACAGGAACAGGAACAAACAGAGGUGGAGGCUGACGUCACCCUCCAUAGUCAGAUCGGUGAAAAUGAGGCAAAUAACAUCCAAGAAAUUCCAGAUGCAACAAGUCAAGUUAAAAAGGGAGCGGAGGUGACACAAGAAGAAGAAGAAGAAAAAGAAAAAGAAGUGGUGGAAGAAGAUAAACAAGAGAUGAAAGCAAGUGAUGACGAAGACAAACCCCAAACAUCUGAUCUUCAUCCAUCCAUCUCUGUAGAGGAGGAAACAGAGAACAGCACACCCAGGGAAGAGGCGAACACCGAUUCCUCCCCAGAUCAUCUUCAUCAACCCGUCCAGACCCGGCAGCCGCCCAAAAGAGGCUCUCACCUCACCAAGCGAGACAAGAAGAUCAUUGAGAAGAUCCGGAGUUACUACGAGGCAGCAGCCGAGGCCGAAGAAGACGACGAGGCAGAGGAGGAAGACGAGCUGAGGGAAGGAGGGGUGUCCAGGAGAAGGAACAGCUUCUCUCAGAUCCCCUCUGGUUGGGUGAAGGAGUCGGUGUCGCGCUUUGAUGUGAGUGGACACCAGGGGGAGCCAGAGGUUGGAGGGUCCAUAUGUGAGGCGACUGAAGCAUCAGAUAGGGAGCCCAGUUCCUCCACCAGUCCCACCUCCCCCAUGACUCCUAUUUUAGCAGAUCUAGAAAGUGAUGAACUGGCUGAUAAACCAGUAAGCGGCCUUGAUUUUGAUGCUGAAGGUCCAAUCAAGUCGACUGUGACACAAGAUGAGGAAACCAAACACCAAGAGGGUCCGGAACAGGAGUCAAACAAAGACAGGCCCGUCGGAGAAGAGAUUCAGGAUGGAAAAGCCUACAAUGGGUCAUCAGAGGAAGGACUCGAGGAAGGACCUGAGGGGACAACGAGUGUUUCUGGGGAGCAAAAGGGUCCAUCUGUUACCAAACAGUGCAAAGAUGAAGCAACCAAAACUGGUGCUGCAACCCAAGAACUCAUGAAUGGGCAUGAACCAAACCAAGCAGAACCAAACAGAAGCCACAAAGAACCUGCCAAGCAAUCUGCAGAACAGGGACAAAAACCUGACACCAAAACCACUUGGGCGAAAACGAAAAAUCUGGCAAAGACCAGUGGGAACCUCGAGGGCCUUCCCAGUCAGAUAAAAGUGGGCCGAUGGUCCCGUCACUCCAGAAUCGUCACCGCUAACCGGGCCCUGUUUGAGGGCAUGGGGUCAGACGUAGCCGGUAUCGGGUUGUUUGAGGCGAGCCCUGCAGUGGACCCUGUGCUGAUUGAAAACUCAGAGCGCAUUCUGAGCAAAGUCCAAACAAUAGCUCGGAUGUACAGUGCCAAAGCCAGCACCAUGAAGGUCCCACUGCAUCAGAAGCGGGCCAGUACCGUGUGGAACCAAUCAUGGGUCUCGACCAGACUGUCCGGACUCUCAGCUCAGAGCCAAACUAAGUACCAGCAGCAAACACAAAUCACUCAGUCAGAGACCAAGAGUGGAACCCAAACUCACUCCGAGACCAAAGCUCAAAGCCAAACUGUAACGCAGCAAUUGAAGAUCCAAAACAAAACCCAGAACAAGACCAGAACUUACAGCCAAACUCAAUCUGUAAGUUGGGAGGGCCAACGGAUCCGUGAAGAGAAGACGAUAAAGACAGCCGAGAGCCUGACACACGAUUUUCAAGAGACGGUGAUGGAGCCCUGCGAGCCUCUGCUGUUUGGUCACGUGGUUGUUAAAGAACAGCUGACGCCAACCUGUCAACAGCAGACCAAUGGAUUCACCCUCUCCAGACCCAGAGACUUCAUCUCCGCCUUGACCAGAGACUCCAUCGUGGAAGCCUCCCAGACUUCCACCUCACUCUUGGAAAGUCCAUCCACUGAAACAUCCUGGACAUCUGCAGCAUCCAAACAUCCCCUCAGAGCAGAACCUGAAGAUCAGAGCACCAGUUUGUGCUCGUCGACCAGCAGCAACCUCCUGACGUCAAAUCAAAACGUUCAUCUGGUUCCUGAAGUGACACCAACAACAGAGGGGUCGGAGCAGAGUCCUGUGUGUGUUGUUUACUCAGCCGGAGAAGAUCCAACAUCUGCGAGGGUCACUGAACAGCCAAACCUCUCAGCUCUUAAUCCACAGCGGAAACGAGACGAGCAGGAACCAGCAGCUGCACAACAUAUACAAGAGCAGAAGCUUUCCAAAGACGUGAGAGUCUGUGCAGGAGAGACACGGAUCCAGGCGGAGGACCGGACCUCCAUGGCGCUUCACCCAGCGCCAGGCGGAGUGCAGCCCCAGAGGGAGGCACCACUCUGGGCAGAUGGAGCCGCCGCUGCCCCCGAGAGGCCGCAGAGAGAUGAGCCUCUGAGCGGCACGUUAAACCAUUCCAGUGGUUCUCUGAGGUCCGUGCAGACAGAAGACCCUCCUGACUCCUCAGGAGAGCUGAACCAGCCCUCGUACAGGAGCUCCGAGGCCUCACUCGGGGCUUCAGAAACCCCCGAAGACCCCAAAACAAAAGAAGUUCAAAACCCAGAAUCCCACCCCUUCCUGCCUCGCCCGCCAUCGGUGCAGCCCGAAGAUCUGCUCCCAACGUUCACCAGCCAGAGACCCGCUGACCUGCCGACGGCUCUGAGCAAACGGGCCUCGUGUGAAUCCUGGAGAGUCGACUGUGAGCUCAGGAAACCAAAAGAUCCGAUCCUGGUGGAGAGACCUACCCCGGCCACCGCUACUCCUGACAGGGACCUCACCGUCGCCCCCUCAGCCUUCAAGCCGAGUCUCCAACAACGCUCCCCUUCUCCUCUCAGAGCCACCUCCUCUCCUCAUCCACCUUCCUCUUCUGUCCGAGCACCUCCCUGCUCCUCACCCUUCAGGGUUAUCCCAGCGUCCUCUCCCACUCCUGUAUCUCCCGGAGGCUCCACCUACUCCAUGGCUCUGUCCUGUCUAUCUCCGACUCCUCCUUCUUCUGGCAAGGUUUCCUCCACAAGAGCUCCACCUGCUUCAUCUCCGACACCUUCCACAAGGUCAUCAAGAACCGGAGCUCCAUCCUCCCCAACACCAUCCACCUCCCUCCGUUCUCCUCCAUGCUCCUCCCCCGUUGCUUCUUCCUCUGCGUUUACCAGAUCCUUAGCCGCCUCCUGCAUCAGUCAGUCCAUCAGUCAGAGCAUGGCAAAGACCAACAGCACCACUCGCCAACAAGCCACACCCACAAAUCCAAGUCAUCUAAGACAGCGCUCCCCUUCUCCCCACCUUCCUCCCAGUCAACAAGGCUCCACCACACCAGCUUACGCCCAGUUAGGGUGCACGAAGGAUGGGUACCAACAUCCAAGGUGUCUUUCCCAACGCUCUCCUUCCCCUUCUAUGGCUAAUCACCAGCCACCCUACUCUCCCUCCUCCACACCCCGUCCAUCAUUCCUUCACUCCAAAACUGAUCAUAACACAAACAACAACAACAACGUAGCUGGUUCAAGCACAGUGAUCAAUGGUGCAGUCAGUAAUGGCGGUUGGUCAACAAGUCCGCAGAAAGGACCGCAAACCCACGAUGCUCUCUGGUUGGGAUCCCACAACCGUGUAGCUCGGCCUUUUUCUGCAUCCGAACCCAGUUCCAGAGUCCAGUCCCCGUCUCCAUCCCCGACCCCGGCCUCGUUUACUCGCCUCUGCUCUCCACCCCCACAACAUAAUUACUCCUCCCCCAUGGCAAACAAACCUCCCCACCCAAGGAGUACAAGAAUAGGAAGCUCCCAUAACCCACUCGGACUCACUUUAGAGCUACCCAGGCCCUCCUCAUCGUGUCUGAGCCCUCGGAUCCUCUCCCCACCACCUAUUGGUGUGUCAGUGAAUGUUUGGACCAAUAACGUUGCUGCACCUCAGCCUAGAAAUCCUCGAUAUGCUUCCUCCUCGUCCUCUCCUUCCUUUUCUUCCAUGCUAGGCUCACCAACACUGGACACUGCCUCUUCUUCUUUUGUCCCUCGGAGUAGUUCCAGAGCUUCCUCCCCUUCUGGAUCCUGUCCUCCUUCCUCCCAAAGCCUCCGGAGGUCCUUCUCCUCUGGAUUGGCAGACAAUCCUUCAAGCCCGGCCCAGGCCACUGGGAGUGGACUGCGCCGGUCUUGGGCAGAGGGCAGCCGAAGGACCUUUGGUUUUAGUGGCCGAAGUUCAUUUGAUCAGCAGGAGUCCUGUCCGAUCAGUCCGAGGAGUGGGUGGUCCUCCUACAGCAGUUCACCGUCCUGCCUCAGCCCUCGAGCUGGGCUUCAAUCCCCAAUCUCGCCCAGCAGAUUCACCCCGGGUAAAGGCAACCUUGGUGGGCAGCAUUUCACCAGCGUGCCCUGGCCAGAUGUACGUGAGCUUUCCAACAAAUAUAAAAUAACUGAUAGCCCUGAUACAAGUGCUACUUCCACCAUCGUUGCCUCUCCUCCUGCUCCGAUCUCUCCCCUGUCCCACACCCCCCUGACCUCGCCUGGUCCAUCAGAGUGGGGAGACCCAGAGCUGGAGCAGGGUCAUUGUCGUAGUCAGCUGAUCUGCGCCUACGUUGCUCGACCUUCUCGUGAACAAAACCUCCCAUCCUCAGGAAUUACUUCCCCUCCACCUGCCACCCACCACCACCAAUCCCAAGUCAGACCACAGCCUCAGGUCCUUAUUGCCACCACAACACCUCAUGUAUCCUCAGUCCCGCCCACAUUUCCCUCAGCGCCAUCCCCGCUACCCUUCUCCCAUUCAUCUCCUACCAAACAGGGGAACCAGAAGGCCAGUUACGCCACAACAGUGAACCUCCAGAUUGCUGGAAGUGGUCGAAUAACCUCCUUCAGCACCGCCCAAGUUAGCCUGACCCAAACCCUGCAGGGAGGAGCCGGAGCUGGAGGACCAGGACAGGGGCAGAUGACGAGGAGAGUAAGCAUCAACGGACUUUCACACCUUCCUCCUCCUCUUUCUCAGAACUGUAACAGGCUAUGAAGGAAAAAGAGGAGUCCUUCAUUAAUGGCCUUACAGGACAAGAAGGGACAAAACGGAUGGUGGGCACCUUAAUAAUGAGACACAAAGAGAAAAACAGAAGUGGGUCUUGGUCAGUGGUCAAGACCUUUUGGACGUAUUCCCUCGCUGGAUGAGACCCAUAACCUUCUCCAUGAUGUUGAAAAACAAGUCUUAAGUGCUUCAGUAGAAGGCAGCUGGACUUGUUUUUUGGUUCUUAAAGAUGUUUCCCCUUUUAUUCAAAAGUUUCCUCCGUUCCAAGUGACCAGUUGGAAGUUCCACUAAUGAUCCUAAAUUCCCAAUGACUCGGGGCAUGAAGACUCAUUAGUCUGCCUGGGGAGGGAUGACUCAAGGUGUGAUUGGUGUUGAAACUCUACCACACAGUUUCACCACCAUUUACUGCCUGAUUCAUGUGAAUCUUGGGGUGCUGAUGGGCCCAAAUUUAUGCAAGUCUUGGGUCAUUGUCAAGCCUAGGUUUUUGUGAAUCUUGAGUUAUUAAUAGGACUAGACUUACGUAAGUUUUGGGUUGUUGACAAGCCUGGAUUCAUGUGGGUUCCAAGUUGAGAGUUUUGAUCCAUUUCAGUAUUGGGUCAUUACUGAGCCAUAUUCAUAUGAGUCUUGGGUAGUUGGUAAGCCUUCAUUUAUGUGAAUCUCAGGUUGUUACCCAGAAUUGAUUCACAUGAGUAUCGGGUUAUUGAGAAGCCCUGAUUUUUGUGAAUUUUGGAUUGUCAGUGAGUCUUGGUCCAUGUGCGUCUUAUUUUGUUGGCUAGCUUUGAUCAAUGUCAGUCUUGGAUCAUUAACAAACACUGAGUCUUAUGAACAUCGGGUUGUUCACCAGACUUUAUUAAUGCUAUUCUUGGUUCUUUAAUGAGCCUUGGAUUUGAGAAUAAACACCUGUAACUCCCCACCAGUCUGUUAGAACCGAAGAAGCCUCUUGGAUGAAGCUGGAGCAUCUUGAAGAACCAUAAAAAGAAGCAUGGCUGCCUUCUACUGACGCGUUUAGGGUUACCACGAGAAUCUAUAUGGACAUGUUGAGAAAAAUGGAAAAUCGUGGCCUUCUUUGAUUUGGGAAUAAGAUCACAUCUGAGGGAUUCAAAGAGUUUCGUCAACCCAGUUUGAUUUAAAGACAGUUGCUUCACCGUGAUGGGCCUCUAGACAAGUCGACUCUGGAGGCCUUUUAAGAGUUCUACCUGCAUGUGGGGUUAUUUUUAAAUGGAUGUCAAACAGAAACGUGUAAAUGAAUCACUUAGCUGUGAGUUUGCUAUUAGACACCUUAAACCCUGAAAGUCCACAGCUGGAUGAAUGAGUUGUGACAAUCUAAAGGUUGGACUUUUCUCAUUUAAGACAUUUUUGGAAAGAUUUUUGGCAUUUACAUCGCUGGAGUACAUCCUAAACCUGCGACGUUGAAGGUCCAGCGUCCAACCGGUGCUGUUUGCAGUCACACUUACUUAAUGUAUUCUUACUGUUUCUCUAUUGUUACUCCGCUGUGUGGCUGCUUGAGGCCAGUGUUUAACUGUGGUUAUUAAUAAUCUAUCUUUAACCAUUUUUAUUCUCCCUCUUAUUUUAUUGUUUAUUUAUGGAGUUAGUCUUUUUAUCUUCGGCACUUAGUAUCCUUAAAGUAUGUCGGUGUUUUUGCACAGCGUCCUCAGCCCUCGCAUUGAGUGUGUGUGAAUGUGUGUGUUUGACAUGACGUGUCUGCUAAGUUAUUGUUUAACUUCAGGCCAAACCUUCAUCUGUGUGUGUGUGUGUGUGUGUUUUAUGCUGGUUUUGUUCCCAUAUUGACGCUGGUUUGUUGACUCAACACUCUCUGCUGGUGCUGGUGAGCUUCAGAAACCUCGUGCCUUCACUUCGUCACAAAGCCGGAACGUAAACAAGGGGGGAACGGAGCAGUUUGCACAAAGCUUGACCCAAAUUUAGUUUCCUAGAGGUGUCGAUUGGUGAAAUCUAACAAUGUGAUGCUCUGCAGACGAGGCGAACGAGGCGUGAGGUUUCUGGAAACUGGGUUUUUUUUAAAAAAAGGGAAAUAUUAACGAAAUUUUCAUCCCCGAGAGUCAGUGAGAUGUUUGGAAAAUAAAAGUUUGUGGUGCAAAACCAGAACUGCU